AUGGCGUCGACGACGUUCAGGCGCUUCGGCGUGGCGGCGGCGGCCGCCGCGUUCAUCGCCCUCGCGGCUUUCGGAUCCGCCUCGGCGUCCAAGACGGCCUUCGUCAAGUCCACCGUCAAAGCCCACGACGUCGUCAUCUUCUCCAAGUCCUACUGCCCGUAUUGUAAAAGGGCGAAGGCUGUGUUUAAGGAACUUGAACUGAAGAAGGACCCAUAUGUCGUCGAGCUUGAUCAGCGAGAGGAUGGUGGGGAAAUCCAGGACGCCUUAUCCGACAUGGUUGGCAGGCGUACUGUUCCUCAGGUUUUCAUCCGUGGAAAGCACUUGGGAGGCUCUGAUGAUACUGUUGACGCAUAUGAAAGUGGCGAGCUGGCUAAACUUCUUAACAUCAGUGUCAAGGACGAUCUUUGA